UGAGCAGUACACUGCUAGACGCCAUACUCUGCGCUUGUGAUUUUUUUACUGUCUAAAAAAAAAAAUAAAAAAAAAUAUGUAGAAUCUAUGAAUCUCGCAUUCAUUGUUAUUAAAAGUGAUUUUUAUUAAAAAAGUGCCAAAAAAUUUUGUUUUCAGUAAUGAUGUUUUGCCAUCGGUAACAAAAAUUUCUAAAGGAUCAAGGAACAGAAUGACGUCCGAACGGUUUCACAAAGCUGCACGCGAUGGCGCCUUAGACAUCUUAAAAGAAACAACAAAAAAGGAUUGUAACGCACGGGAUGACGGAGGAAUGACCCCUACAUUAUGGGCAGCCUUUGAAGGUCAUAUAGAUGCUCUGAGACUGCUCGUCGCCAGAGGGGGUGAUCCCGACAAAACCGAUUAUUUUGGUAAUACGGCCCUUCACCUGGCAGCAGCAAGGGGUCAUGAAUUUUGCGUCAAGUUCCUCGUGAAAUUCGGUUGUAAUAUUUGGUCUUUAGACAUCGAUAGACAUUCAGCUAGAGAUUUAGCUGCAAUAAAUGGAAGAGAAAUGACUCUUCAAUUUUUAGAUCUUGCUCAAGCCGAUCAAGAAUUAAAUAAUCGCAAAAAAAGUCGCCUACUUCGAGAAAAAGCAGAAAAAGAUGCUGAAAAAAGGUUAAAAGAAUAUAUGAAAAAACAAAAAAUGGCAGAAAUUCGAGCUGAAAAGGAACAAAAAAAAUUAUCAAAAGAUCGAACAAAAUUGGACUUAACUACGGUUAACGAAAUCGGCAUUCUACCUCACAAACAUACUGUGUUGACCUUCAAAGGUCGAGUAAAACCUUCACCAACCUUCAGCGAUAUCGUCGGCACUACCACCAAGAAACAUGGCAGUGCAAUUGAAGUAAAUGGAAAAAAAUCGAUACGUAGUCUCACUGGACUUAGAAGAGAUUCUGAGAUAAUGUAUGUAGGGACUUAUGAAAGCCAAACUCAACAAAUAGGAAAAAGAGGAAAAAUUUCGGAUGUUUGGGGUACAUUAAGCAAAGCACAAAGCACUCCUGAUCUCUUAGGUGAUCGAUCCUUCGAUGAUGAUAUAGAACAAGAUAAUAGAGAAGAUAUAAAUGAUAUAAAAGAUAACGUCUUAUUACAAGAACCAGCGAGUAUCUUCAAUCGACCUGGUUUUGGAUCAGUAGCAUUUCGAAGAGCAAUAACUACUACUUUCGAUAACCUGCCACUCUCGCAAAUGGAUGCACAUGAACAAAACGGUAACUCUUGCGUGAAUGGCUCCGUAAAUGGAUCUAUAAAUGGUCAUAGAAUCAAUGGGCACAACGAAGAAAUCAGCAUAGGAAGUGCAGGUAGUUUAGCUCGUCGGCAAAGCAUGUGGGAUGAUGAUUUACUUUCAGAAGAAGAGACUGAUGAGGAAUGGACACCAUUGCAAAGAUUUUUAGUUGCCAACAAUUUAUCAUCAAUUCAUCCAGUUUUAGAAUCAGAACAAAUUGAUUUAGAAGCCUUGAUGUUACUAACUGAAACUGACAUCGCCAUGCUUAAACUUCCACUUGGACCUAAAAGAAAAUUAAUGAAUGCUAUAGCUAAUAGAAAAAGAGCAUUAGAUGCACCAGAAAAUAUUAUUAAAGAUAGCAGAUUAUGAAAUUCAAAAUAUUGAUAGAAGAACAUUAAUCUUAUUUUCAAAUAUUUUAAUUUUUUUAAUUCAAAUAGUAAAUGUAUAUAUCAAUAUAUAAAAAGUCGACAAAUUAUAUUUGAGUUUAUUUAGUCAAUGCAAAUUUCAUGUGAUUAUGACAUAUGUAGAGUCAUUUCAACUAUACGAAUUUAUAAAUACAAUAAGAUCAUAUUACAAUUUUUAUUAAAUCAAUUAAUUUCUAAUUAAGUCACAAGAUGACAUGUCAUUUUUUUUAUAAUAUUAAAAUAUUAUAAAAAAAGUUCAUUUAUUUCCAGAAGAAAUAUAGUUUUACAUAAGCCAU